AUGGAGAACAACGCGGUGUACCUGAGGCACGCGGUGUCCCAGGAGCAGAUCAAGGGCGAGGACGUCGUCUUCGUCCAUGAGGACCUGCAGAACCUUUGCCCCAAUCCGGCGGUCAUGUGCAAGUGGUCACUUUACUGUGUCUGCGAUGGACACGGCGGCAGGUCCGCCGCGAAGUACAUGGAGGAAAACCUGGCCAGGGAGAUGGCCAAGCGGCUGCCAGCACAAUGCCCCCCACCCCUUUUUACAACUGGUUGGCAGGUAUGGGGUGACAAGGUGAGGGAGGCGGUUGUGGAUACCUUCCUUCACCUGGACAAAGACUUUGAGUCCAGGGGGGCGCAUGCGAUGUCCUCAAGCGUUGGUUGCACUGUGAGCCUUGCACUUGUGUGUGGGCAUCUCCUCACCGUUGCCAACAUUGGCGAUUCUGAGGCUUUCCUUGACACGGGCCGAAAGUACAUUGUCGAGAUGACAAAAUCCCACAAAAUUGACAUCAAUGUUAAGGAGCAGGAGCGACUGAAAGAUGCAGGCAGGCAGGUCACCCAACUUGGCAUCGACUUGUACCGUCCAGCUGAAGAUGGAGAGAGGGGUGUGGGCCCAUUGAGGGUGUGGCCAUGUGGCCUUGCAGUCAGUCGAUCGUUGGGUGACUACGACUGUGGGUGUGAAGUUACUGCUGCACCACACAUCCGUCAGGUGGAGAUUCCUAUGCCUGGUGCCAGGCUCAUAUUGGCCUCUGACGGCCUGUGGGACCACGUUACAAGCAGACAGGCCUGCAAGCAGGCAAGGAAGAGUCGCAUUCAUGAGGUCCCUGAGGCGCUCAUUCGUUUCGCUGAGUCGAAAUCCAAGCAAGGCGGGCUCACAGACGACACGUCUGUGCUUGUGUUGGACAUGCUUCCAAACAGUCGGGACGACUUUAAAGACGUUGUGAAGAAGCUCCGUGGCCCAAUCAGUGCCAUUAAGCGCUUUGUUCGAAACAAGGAUGUCGUGAAACCUGCACUGUUGGCGGACUAUGAUGGAGUAGAGAAAGUUGAUAGCUGCCCCCUGCCAGCCUCCAAUACGCCCUUCACGAGAGCGACCACGUAUGAUGGGGAGGUGGUGCCAGUGUCCCUCAACAAUGGUGGCGGUGACAGCCAAGUGUCGAUCAGUACUGAAGGCGAGGGCAGGCAAAUGUCGUUGGGCACCGACGGAGAAGACAGCCAUGAGCUGUUUGUCCUGGGCUCAAACUCAAAGCAGGACUCGCUCGCGUGCUUUGGGCCAGACGCGAACGUCAGCAAGAUUCUCAACCCAGACGCAAUAGCAGCCUCAGAGUCCUUGUAG